UACUGGCACACGUCGUCACCACAUCGGCUGCUAACUUAUUUCCGUUAUAUAGGCCCGUGGCGGCAGUCUUCGUUCAGUUUUCCUUAAGUUUGGACGUAAUUUCUAACACGAUUUCAACAUGAGUGCAAGUGACGUUGUGAUUGUAUCGGCAGUUCGAACACCCAUAGGAUCAUUUUGUGGAUCCUUAUCUUCAAUGAAAGCAUCAGAUUUGGGGUCUAUCGUUAUUAAAGAAAGUUUAGCAAGAGCUAAUAUUAAUCCCAAUGAAGUUUCUGAAGUCAUUUUAGGACAGGUAUUAACUGCAGGGCAAGGUCAGAACCCAGCAAGGCAAGCAUCUAUCAAUGCUGGAAUUCCUGUAUCUGUACCUGCUCAUUUAAUUAAUAUGCUAUGUGGAUCCGGUUUAAAAGCAGUUAUCAAUGGUUUUUUAGCCAUAAAAGCUGGUGAAAGCCAGAUAGUUGUAGCUGGUGGUCAGGAAAACAUGAGUCAAGCUCCACAUACAGCAUACUUCAGAAAUGGUAUUAAAAUGGGGGAGUGUACUUUCUCUGAUUCUUUAAUAUCAGAUGGCUUAACAGAUGUAUUCCAUGGUGUUCAUAUGGGAGUAACAGCUGAAAAUAUUGCUAAAGACUUCAAGAUAAGUAGGGAAGAACAAGAUGAAUAUGCAGCUAAAUCUCAGCAAAAAGUGCAAGUUGCAAUAACUACAGGAUAUUUCAAUAAAGAAAUUAUCCCUAUCAAAGUGCCCACUAGAAAAGGACCUAUUAUAGUAUCUAAAGAUGAAUUUCCUAAGUUUGAAACAACUACUGAAACACUUAAAAAAUUAAAACCUGCCUUUACAAAGACUGAUGGUACUGUCACUGCUGGCAAUGCUUCUGGAAUAAAUGAUGGGGCAGCAGCAGUAAUACUUAUGUCAGCAGCAACUGCAGUGAAAAAAGGACUCACUCCAUUAGGCACAAUAGUUGCAGUAGCUCAAACAGGAGUGGAACCAAGAGUUAUGGGCACAGGUCCUAUUCCAGCAGUAGAGAUAGUGCUGAAAAAGGCGAAUUGGACAAAGGAAGAGGUGGAUUUGUAUGAAUUAAAUGAAGCUUUUGCAUCACAAGCAAUCGCAUGUGUCAGAACACUGAACUUGGAUACCUCUAAAGUUAAUAUAUCUGGGGGAGCCAUUGCUUUAGGUCAUCCUAUUGGUGCAUCAGGCACUAGAGUUUUAGUAACUUUGUUACAUGCCUUGGAAAGGACUGGAGGCAAGAAAGGUGUUGCAGCUUUAUGUAUUGGUGGUGGAAUGGGAAUCGCUAUAGCUGUUCAAAGGAAAUAAUGAACACUUAAGUCAAUUAGAAGUAUUUAUACUGCAAAGGUUGAAGUUUGUUGGUGCUUAACUGUUUUGUCAAUAACUGGGUACCUAGACAUCUACUUUCACCUUCCAUUUAAAAAAAUUGCAAAACUACAUUUUUAAUUCUGUGGAUAAUAUUGCAUUGAUUCGUAUUUACUGCAUAAAAAUAUACGCUGAAAAUUAUAAAUAUGAAGACUUCAAGCUCGUAACAAAUAAUAGAGAUAACUGGGUACCCGUAUUGCGAAAAUUGUAGUUUAAUAGCGAAAAUAGAAAGAGUAGGAAAAUUUUAUGGGCAACCAACACAAAAUAUAAAUUACUUGAUUAGUUUAUUUAUUAAUUUAUAAUAAUAGACAUUCUUUAAACAUUCUCGUAACUUUGACGCAUUUUUUGACACUUUCCAGUUGGUACAUUUGUAAAAAAAUGCCUUGUUAUGUAUGUGUUUAACAACCAAUUUCUUAUAAUUGGAAAACACAACACUUCUACUAGAUGAUAUAAGUAUAUGACGAUAAUUUGUUUUAUUUUGUAGAAGGCUAUUACUUUCGAUAUAUAUAUAUAAUAUAAGGAACAAAAGCAGCAGUAUCUGAUAUAUUACUGAAGGAAAAUACUAAUGAACAUUCAUUUGUUCGCGUAUUUGUGCUACAUUGACUGACCACUUUGGUGCCUUGUAUUUUCAUUAGAUUUUAGUUCACUAUAAAAUCCAAUUAUUUCUAGUUUAUCUUUUAGUCCUGAAACUGCGGCAUGACUAUGUAUCGUGGAUAUCUUAGCAGCCUUGUCCUUUUUUGGUACAUAAGUACUUAUCUGUUCAUUUUGAUAAAAGCCGAUUAACGUAGAAAAUUCUUUAUGUGAAUUGAUUCUCAUACUUUAUGCCAUAUUUUGUUGGUUUUAAUGAAAUAUAGUAUGUACGUUUUGUUCUAUCUUUAUAAAGGAGAAGUUAUUUAUCUAUCGUAAGAUCGACAGCAGGAUUACAUACUUUAUUCAAUUUGAAUUUAAUACAAUCUAUAUGUCACAUAUAGAAUCUGCUUUGUAACUAACCAUCGUACACGAGUAUUCGUACCGUUAGAACGAAUAAAUUGUUCAAUACUGGAUCGAUUAAUCGAUUUACGUUCAUGGUCAUAGGGGUACGUCAGUUGUUUAAAGAAAAUUUAUUAUCCGUAUCAUGAACUAACUUCUACUUGUAAACAUACAAUAUUCCUGGUUAUUAUCCUUUAUUCGAAUAUUUUAUUAUAGUAUUUCUUGUAAAAAGUUAAAACUUUUCUAUUGACAAUUUGUUGAAUAGUCAAAUUUUGGUACAGAAUAUACAGACAUAGGUAUGAUUGUGUACUACAUGAAUGUAUUUAUAAUUACAUUUAUACAAAAUUUUGUGCAAUGUAUAUUUAUAGAGAAAUUAUUUUUAUACAUCA